AUGGAGCCCAAGCCGAAGCGGAUCAAGAUCGAUGUGGCAUGCGAGGCAUGUCGGAGGAGGAAAGUGAAGUGCGACGGGGCGCGCCCAGCAUGCGGCAACUGUUGGAAAAGGACGGACCUGAGAAACGGAUGUUCUUACAGCUCCGAACCUGAGAAGCCGCUUGCCAGGGAGCAAAUAACGGACAGCGGCACCGACACCCCCAUGAGAGCGCUGCGUAAGAUCACGCAUAGUCCCGAGGCGAACUUUGCGCAACCUCCCUUGCCUCCUGUAGCUCGGCCAACCGCAACUCCCAAGUCUACCACUUCAUCCGGUCCAGACCCAACAAGACGCAGCAGGAUGGACCGACAUCCUAUCACACCGUCGGAUGCGUCGCCGUCGGUCGUUGACUCCAUGACCACUGUCCGCGAGGAUGGUACGGUGACCGGCGAGUACUUUGGCAGCAGCAGUGCAGGCUCCUUCACAAACCAGAUCAAGGCUGCGAUUGAUGCGCGCCUGGGUUCGGCAACGGAGACCAGGGGCUCAAGAAGCUCUCUUUUCAAGCCAUCCCUCCCGUUGAGUGGCGAAGGCCCAGGAGGCCAGGUUGACUACGUCUUGCCCGCCCGUAAGCAAGCUGAUCAUUUGAUGGAUCUCUACUGGUACUAUGUCGACCCGUUGUACCCCUUCUUAGACCGUCAGCGAUUCGAGCAUUGCUAUCAUGCCCUCUUUGCCGGGACAUCUCUCGAUGCUGACGAACGAAUCUUCGUGAGCAUCCUCAACAUCAUAUUCGCUCUUGCUACCCAGUUGAUUGAGUCGAUGCCGCCCGAGCAAAGAGACUCUUCCAGCCAAGGGUAUCAAGGCUUCUUCGUUAAGUCAUUAGAACUGUACGAGAUCAUAAACCAAGUAGUGUUGGCAUUCUACACAACCACAUCUGGCUUGAAAUCCCCCACGGCGCCACAUCAUCUGGGCCAGAGUUUUCAAGCGCGGCAUGAACUGGACCUUGGCACCGCUCUGCAGCUCGACCAGCGACUCACGAGAUGGGAGAAGGGCCUUCCUACUUUCUUGACCAUGGCUGAGCCGGAGACGCAACUGGGCGAGGUUUUCCGGCGGCAGGCUGUCAUCAUGCGGAUAAGACUGCUCCAUGCGCGAAUGCUGCUCUUAAGACCUAUGCUUGCUCGCUUUUGUCUCUCCGAAUCAUCUCCGACGCACGAUGAUCUUUCGUCUCGGGUCAUGCAACAAUGCGCGAUGGUAUGCGUUGAAGCCGCUCAAAAUCUCAUCUCGGUCAUCGUGCAAUUUCAAAAGCACGACGGCACACUCGGCCUCCUUCCCGCUUGGUGGUAUCGAGUAUUUUACAUCUACACCGCAGCCACUGUACUCAUCGCCGCAAGAUUACGGCCAGCAGUAUUCUCAUCACUCGACAUCUCUAGGUCAUGGAACCAGGGAAUGGCUCUGCUCAAAGACCACGAGAACUUGGGCCCAUCUCCGCGAAGAUGUGCCGCAGCUCUUCAGAUCCUGUCUACAAAGAUGUUUCAAGAACAGCCUCAGUCGACGGCACUGCCAAACUCGGAGACAGAUCCGGCCGCUCCGAAUAUUAUCAACGAUCAGGAGACGUUCGACAUGCCUUUCCCAUACCUGGGACAGGAUGCGACGUUCGACAUGGACGCAAUCUCAUUCGAUGUCAACGACUUUUCUUGGCUAAAUAGUAUGCCAGGAAGUCUAUAA